AUGUCUGGGUGCUGUGAGCAGAACAGCAACAUGCAUGCCAAGUUCAAGUCUUCUUCAUGUAGAGCCGGCUUGCAGUUGCCGGUGGGCCGAAUCCACCGCUUGCUGCACACAGGUGGCUAUGCAGAUCGUAUUGGGGUCGGCGCGCCCGUAUACCUGGCGGCCGUGCUGGAGUACCUGACGGCCGAGAUCCUGGAGCUGGCGGGCAACGCGGCCCGCGACAACAAGAAGACGCGCAUCAUCCCGCGCCACCUGCAGCUGGCCAUCCGCAACGACGAGGAGCUCAACAAGCUGCUGGGCAAGGUCACCAUCGCGCAGGGCGGCGUCCUGCCCAACAUCCAGGCCGUGCUGCUGCCCAAGAAGACCCAGUAA